AUGCCCACAAUCCAAGCCCUCGGCGCUGCAACCGCAAAAGGAACCCGGCCCUCCCAACAAGACGCAUACACCAUCCUCCCCCCAGAACAAUUCCUUCCCAAGGCCGAUAAUAAUCUUGCACUGUUUGCGGUUUAUGAUGGGCAUGGCUCAGGAAUUGUCUCAAAACACGCCUCCCAGCACCUUCCCUCCCUCCUAACUCAAUCCCUAACAUCCUCGGCCUUGAACCCGGAGAGUUACGAAAGCGCGAUAAAAUCCGCCAUAUCCUCCGAAGAAGAACAAAUAGUCCAAGCGUUUAAAGACGGCGAAGAAGAAUACGCAUUCGCUGGGUCAACGCUAGCACUUGUAUUACUCGAUUUAAAAAGUGGGACCCUUUUUACCGGCAAUAUGGGGGAUUCGAAGGUUUUCCUGGGUACGCUGGAUAGUGGGGAUCAGGUUGAGGAUGUGAAAUGUCUAACAAAAUCCCAUAAACCCUCCUCCCCCGACGAAAAACAACGUAUCGAAAAUGCAGGCGGGACAGUUCUCCAGGACCAGCAUGAGAUACCCCGGAUUGGAGCACUAAACAUGUCCCGCGCCCUUGGUGACCUUGAAUACAAAACACCCUUUACGAAUCUCUCCGCCACGAAUCCAGACACUAACGAGGAAACUCCUCUUACGAGAGAGCAAGCUCGUGCGGGGGUGGAACCAUCCAAGAAGCAAGGCGACCUCCUCUCCUCUGAGCCGGAUAUUACCCGUAUCAACCUUGACCAAGGGAAAAAGUACGUCUUGGCACUGGUGUCGGAUGGCGUCAGUGAUAGCCCGAAUGUAGAUGAUGAGGGGUUUAUUCAGAUGCUGGCCAAGGGAUUCACCAGCGGAAUAAGAGGAGAGGCGGUUGUUAGAGAAGUGAUAGACCAAGUGGUGGAUGGCAUCCAGAGUGACAACGCAACUUGUGUCGGUGUCUUAUUACAAUAA